AUUUGUGUCCAUCUCCACCGGGGAUAGAACCCGGAGCCUGAGGACUACGAAUCGGAAGCGCUGUCCACCCAGCUGUCAGGCGCCCUGACAGGAUAGGAGAAUAGGACCAAGAUGAUAGUGGGGCAAACUUAGUGAGGAAGCAGGAAAUGAGUGUGAACAGCAAAUGGGUUAUGGAAAUAGUGGCUGGGUGGAAGCAGUUUAAAUGGGUGUACUCCCAGAAAUAGCUAAGGCUGUAGAAGAGAUGGAUUGGACGUUGCCAACGGAUGUCCAGAAUGAGGCAGUCCCACUUAUUUUGGGAGGUGGGGAUGUGCUCAUGGCAGCUGAAACAGGCAGUGGCAAGACUGGUGCUUUCUGUCUUCCCAUCCUACAAAUUGUCUGGGAAUCACUUAAGGAUAUUCAGCUUGGCAAGACUUCAAAAGUUACUAAAGAAAUAUCUCCUCUCUGGUUGAUGAGCUUCUUUGACCGUGACGCAGGAAUGGCUGUGACACCUGAUGGCUUGCGGUGCCAGUCACGGGAUCCUAAAACAUGGCAGGGUGCCCGUUGCACCAAGGGUGUCACUGGCAAGGGAAAAUAUUACUAUGAAGCCGUUGUGUCGGAUGAAGGGUUGUGUCGUGUCGGGUGGGCAACUCCUCAGGCAGCAUUAGAUCUUGGAACAUGUAAAUCGGGAUUUGGAUUUGGAGGCACUGGAAAAAAGUCUAAUUGCAAGCAGUUUGACGACUAUGGUGAAUCUUUUGGCCUCAGGGAUGUGAUUGGUUGCUAUCUCAACCUGGAUGCCAUGGAGAUGCAUUACAGCAAAAAUGGCACUGAUUUAGGUAAAGCUUUCACAUUACGAAGUGAAUUCAAGAAUGCUGUCUUCCAUCCAGCUGUAGUUUUGAAGAAUGCCGAGAUGUCUUUCAAUUUUGGCGCAACAGAGUUCAAGCACCCACCUAAAGCGGGAUACGUAGCAGUGUCUCAGGCCAGCAAGGACUGUACUGUGAGCUCAGGUGUGAAGGGAGGUGGAGACAAGCCACAAAAGCUUCAGAACAAUGCUCCACACGCUGUCAUUAUUGAGCCUUCAAGAGAACUCGCAGAACAGACCCUAAAACAGGUUCAAAUGUUUCGUAAACAUCUAGAUAAUCCAGUGGUUCGUGACCUUCUUGUUGUUGGUGGUAUACCCGUGAAGGAGCAAAUAGCAGCACUCAAUGCAGGUGUGGAUAUUGUUUGUGGUACUCCAGGACGCUUGGAAGAUCUUAUUAAUACCGGACAACUCUCUCUCCAGUCUUGCAAAUUCUUUGUGUUGGAUGAGGCUGAUGGCCUUCUUAAACAGGGGCAUGAGCGUCUCAUCAAUAACAUCUACAACUCCAUACCCAAAAUCACAUCUGAAGGCAAGAGACUCCAGAUGGUGGUCUGUUCUGCCACCCUACAUUCCUUUGAAGUGAAGCGCAUGGCAGAACGUUUGAUGCACUUCCCGACCUGGGUAGAUCUUAAAGGGGAAGAUGCUGUGCCCGAGACUGUCCACCACGUUGUCGUAACCAUUGAUCCCAGAACGGAUAGUAGCUGGAGCAAUCUUCGUCGCCAUCUGCAGACUGAUGGUGUGCAUGUUAAGGAUGGCGUACGACCUGGGAACAAUACACCUGAGACAUUAAGUGAAGCAGUGAAGCUGCUGAAAGGAGAGUACUGCAUUAAGGCUAUUGACACACACAAAAUGGAUCAAGCACUAAUAUUCUGCCGCACUAAGUUGGAUUGUGACAAUUUAGAGCGCUAUUUUAAUCAGAUCGGAGGAGGGGCCAAUAACAGAGGCAAUCCAUAUUCGUGUGUGUGUCUCCAUGGUGACCGCAAGCCUAAUGAACGCAAAGCGAAUCUCCAAAAAUUUAAGGAUGGUGGAGUGAAGUUCCUUAUAUGCACUGAUGUAGCUGCUCGAGGAAUUGAUGUUGGAGGACUGCCAUUUAUAGUCAAUGUGACACUGCCAGAUGAGAAGAGCAACUAUGUUCAUCGUAUUGGGCGUGUGGGUAGAGCAGAGAGAAUGGGUCUAGCUAUCUCCCUUGUUGCUGCUGUGCCAGAGAAGGUGUGGUACCAUGGAGAGUGGUGUUCAACUCGUGGGCGUAACUGUUUUAACACGCGGUUGACAACGGAAGGUGGUUGUUGCGUUUGGUACAACGAACCACAGUACCUAGCUGAUAUUGAAGAGCACUUGGGAGUGACCAUCCAGCAGGUCGAUCAAGAAAUGAAAGUUCCAGUUGACGAAUUUGAUGGCAAAGUGAUUUAUGGUGAAAAGAGAGCCAAUGUUGGCUCAGGUUAUCAGACCCACGUAGAACAGCUUGCUCCAGCUGUACAGGAGUUGGCAUGCCUGGAAACUCAGACCCAGGUAAUCUAUCUUAAAAGGCAGUACGGCAAGGAGUAUCCAUGGACUCGAUAGAUUGAAUGGGAAAAUAUAUAAUUGUUCACAUGUAUUUGGCAUACUGUAAGUAUGAACAGCUGCAUCUGUCAAGGGUUUACUUACAAUAGGAAAUGAGUAAUUGCCAAAAUGUGCUAAGCCAGGAAAGCGGUAAUUUAAGUUGUAAUUUAAGAUUGCCAAUUUAAUCACUUAAAAACUAAGGUGAGAUAAGAGUAAUUUGGGUAAUUAUUGUGAUACAUAAAUUUCCAUUGUUUGGUUAGCUUCAUAAAUCACAAAUAACCUUCAUUUUUGAGAAAUUAAAGCUUUGUUUUAUUCCAUCAAUGAAGAUGAUGAGUUGACAGCUCAUUCAUUGAUUUUGCUGUAAUUUCUUUUUAUAGUUCUCUGCUAAUGGCUUUGUGUGCUGAAGCACUUAUUCUGCAAUCACUAGAAAAUGCAAUAGUCAUUUUCAUCAACUUGUAAGCAUUUAAGACAGAGAUAUCACUACAAAUUAAAGUCCCAUACUAUGUAGUAAUCAUCUUUACAUAACUAUAUAUGUGUAAUUUACACACAUUUCCUGUGUGCUUUGAUUUACUUCAGCAUCUGAAAUAAAAUAUAUGAAUACAUUUCUCACAUGGUAUCGUUGUCAUUUAGUAUCGUGUAUUUCCUGUUAUCUGUAGUCAAAGUGUUCAUGUGAAUGCAAAAAUAAAGUUACUACAGGC